CCGGUGCCUCCCGGUGCUUCUCGGUGCCUCCCGGUGCGUGCCGCCCGCCCGGUGCCUCCCGGUGCGUGCCGCCCGCCCGGUGCCUUCCGAUGUGUGCCGCCCGCCCGGUGCCUCAGGCGCGCAGGGAGCGCCCCUCAGCGGUGCCCGCGGCCCCCGAGAGGCGGGAAUGGAGUCUGGCGGCGCGGGUCGCGGCCCUUCUGCUCGGCUCGGCCCUUUGCACGCUCUCUCCGGGGCCCUCUGGGUCAGAAUUCCCCGCGGUGCCGGAGCGGCUGGGAGCGGGCGGGCUCUCCGCGGGAAGCCGCAGAGCGCCGGCGGUGCGGCGGUAGCGCACGUACCCGGGGACAGGAGUGCUCCCGCGGCCGGGCUCACGGGAACUGAGGCGAGCCGGUGCCUGCCCUGCGCAGGCAGCUCUCCGAAGGCUUACUUACUUAAAUCUCUAGUCGUUCUUAUACUUGGGGAGUGACCUAGUGGGUACUGCUGCCAUCGCCUUGAUAACAUUGCACUCAUGGAAUCAUGCCUGCAGUUGAAGAGCAUUCAGUUUUGCUGAAGGUACCUCAGAAUUGACUUCUUCUUAAUACAGUGACCAUACAGGGUCAAAGAAAAAUGGUCUGCUUCUCAAUAUUUGAGUUUGUUGUCUAUAACAGCAUGGUUUUCUGUGAAAAGUGAAAGAAGAAUCUUUCUAGACAGUUUAAAGCUAGCUGGUAGGAUUAGCAAAAUGCUUUGUUUGAGGCAGGUUUGCUUGCUCACACUGAGGCGUUACCAGGCUCGGACUCUGUGUAGUGAUCUGCUUCUGAGCCAGAUAAAUGGCUGCACCCAUGAAGAUGAAGUGUUCAGCCUUGUUGGAAGAAACAAGGCCAGACUUUCUGAAAAGCAUGUGGGAAUUGCAUUGAACAUGCUGUGGCAAUUGCAAAAGAAGAGGCCCUUUCUCUCAAGGACUAGUGACUAUGUAAGAAAUCACUCCCAGUUUCUUACACUUUGCGUUUUGGCAGAAAACAAGGUGGAACACAUGGAAGAUGAGGUGAUAGUGGACACCUUAUAUAGCAUCUUGAGACUCAAUGUUGAAGACCACAUUUCUCUAACAAAAGUGCUUGUUACAGAAGCAUGGAAAAGAUUAGAAAGGCUUAGCUUGCCUUGUCUGUCUAAAUUGGCUCUGUGCUUAUACAAGCAGCACAGGCACUUCAGUCCCAUAAUUGGCCAAGUAGCUCAUAUUGUGGACAUGAAACUGGAUUCUAUACAGGAUAUAAGGAUCUUGUCAGUUUUGAUGAUCAGCAUAUCUGAAGUUAUCACAGAGAGUUUUCGAGAUCGAUUACUACACAAGGCCGAACAGCUCUUAGAAGAAGAGCAUGAAGUCCACUUCAACUAUGCCAGAAGAAUACUACAGUUUCUCCAAAAUGUUAAACUGAGAUAUCAUCCAGUGCUAGAAAAAUGCAACAGGAUUUUCCUUAAAAGUGCCUCCCAUCUUGAUAUACACAGUAUUAGUCAUAUUUUUGGACUGUAUGAGCAGCUGGGUUUUGACAGUGCUGAAUUUCGCUUGAUUGCUAAAAAGCUGCUAUCUGAAGCUAUAGAUGAUUAUUAUGAUCCUGAAACAUUUGCAAAAUUAUUUUUUUCUCUUGGGCCUUUGGCAGGAUCCAAGGUUAGAGAAAGGUUGCUGAUAACUGCAGUAAACAUGGCAGAGGAAUUUAGCAGUCACCAAAUAUUGAUGAUACUGAAGAGUAUGCGGAAAAUGAAAUGCAGAAAUUCUCCUCUACUCAAAAAGAUGGCUUCUGUUCUGCACAAACACUUGGACAGCUAUCAUGUAUUACAGUUGGUAAAGUUAACACAGUACUUGGUGGUGUUGCAUUGCCAGGAUCUGGAGCUGUUUGCCAAACUAAAAAUGUUACUAUUAGGUUAUUUAAAAUCUAGUGUGAUACCUGCUGAUACUGCAGCUGUAAUUCGUGUUCUGGCCAUGCUUCCUUCUUUCCAAGUGGAGGAAAUGAUUAUAAACAAAGCAGCAGCAGUUUCGCCUCAAUGCAGACUCCAUCAUUUGAAUUGCAUUGCUACAGCUCUUGUCAAUUGGAAUCAUCAUGGCCACUUUCACUGGCAAAACAGCUCUGAGCUAUGUGCCAAGCUUCUGCAAAAACUCAAUGACUGUGCAUUUCAGAGGCUUCAGAAAGCCAACAACUUAAAUCUUCUGCUGGAAGAGCUUCCAUAUGUGAAUGGAGAGUGGUUUGAAGAAGUCCUGAAUGAGGAAACUCUGGCCAUGUGUCAGCACUUGAUAGAUCAAAUAACAUGGGCAAAUGUUUUACCCUUGUCUUUUUUUCUCAUAAAAUCAGAGCACCGUUGUCCUGCAUUAUUUGACAGAAUAGCGUCUGUGACUGCUGAAAAUAUAGACAAGAUUCUCACCUCUGAAAUCUAUUUUAUUCUCUUCCUUUUCUCUACUUUGAAUUAUGACCCUCCUGACAAUGAAGAAUUCUUUAAGAGUUGUAUCCAACAUCUUACUUCUAACUUGAGUCGUCUUGAAAAUUAUCACUUGGUGCUGCUUGGUCAUGCUUUGGCAAUGGCUGGGUAUUUUCCUCCAGUUCUGAUAACAACCAUAUUUAAUGUUUCUUUCCUAAGCAAACUGGAUGCUCAACUUAAAGUCCUGCCUGAUACGGUGAAGCAGAGGGUCCACUCAAGCCUUAUGAAAUUGAACAGAGCAGUCUGUCUGGAAUGCCCAGAGUUUCACAUCCCUUGGUUUCAUGAGCCCUACUGCCAACGUGUCUUUCAUAACAGCAUGAGCCAAAUAAAUCCACAGCGACAGCAUAUUCACAGAAUGCUGACAGAGAUCUUAGGAGGGAGCCAUUAUUCAAGAAUAUCUGUUCUCACACCAUACUACUAUGAAAUAGAUUUUGAGUGUGUCCUGGAUGUAAAUAAAAAGCCUCUUUCCUAUGUGGCUCAGAAUAUAGCUUUGGGUGGUGUGGGGGGAAUACCCUUGAGACAUGACAUCAAGGAUGAAGGGAGAAAGGCUCUGCCACCAGGAGCUCAAAGAAUUGCUUUGGAAUUUCUUGAUUCAAAAGCUUUUAGCAAAGAUUAUUCACAUCAUCUGAAAGGAGAACCUGCAGUGAAAAAGCGACACCUGGAAAUGCUGGGGUACCGAGUCGUUCAGAUUCCUCACUUCAAAUGGAAUUCCAUGGUUCUGUCAACAAAAAGUGAACAGCUGGAAUACCUGAGACAGCAGCUGUAUGGAAUACAGUGAUAUCAGACAUGCAGUCUAAAGUAUUUUUAUAAAAACAGUUUAUGUAUCAUCAAACAUCUCAUAAAAUCUCUUUGUGUCGGGUGGGCCAAGGCUUGCCAAGGUCAUCAGAAGUAAAGAGAUUUAAUCCUCAUUUCAUUAGGGAUUACAAAAGGCAGGUCACAGUGGGCUGUGAAGAUGUGGUAAGGAUGCUUACAAUUUCUCAUUAUCUGGAAGCUAUUACAAGCACAUGAAUCUGGCAGUUUUGCAAUCAAAUUACAUUAUUAUUUCCUAAAUAAAUAUUCAGAGGCUUAGCCAGACAUAAAACUCUUCACAGAAAAAGUUGGAAAUACUGUUGACUAGGAGAGUGGAGUCAGCAAUCUACUGGAAACUAUGUCUGUCCUCCACUAUGUGACAGAAUGAGCAGCUAGGAAUCAAACAGUAUCUGUACUCUGAAACCAAGAAACUGAAAUGCGGAUUUUCUAAGAAUAAGGCUGCUUUUAGAGCCAUUCAGUUUCUAUUCUCAGAACAGAGGUACUGUGGGGAGAGUGUUGGGUGGUGAGGAACCUCCAGCUGCUUCUCCUACUCUGUGAUCUGGUGUGUGCAGAAGAAUGGCUGAGCCUUCUGGAACACCUCCACAUACUGGAAAAUCCAGCCAGGGUUUGUGCAGGAGGUGUAAGACACUGAGAUGUAGAAGGAAAAAGUGGAGUAGCCAGGAGAAUGUUCGUUGUAGAGCAGUAACUGCAGGGGUGUCAUACUUGGCAAAUCAUCCCGUUUCCAGAGGCAGCCACAUUGUGCCUACAGCUGCCAUCACCUUAGGGUGACUGCCAGCUGUGCCUGUAUUCUCACAUGUGCAAGAGGAUAUGUUUUCUUGCUUAUUUAGUAGAAACAGGACACAUUCUUUUAUCACUUCACCUGAAACCUGGCAGAGAUAAGCAACUGCAUAUCUGAAUAGGCCAUUAUGCAUUUGGCUGUCACCUUUUUUUCUACUAUUCAGUAGCAGAAGAAAAAUGUUUUAUUAACUGAAUACAAGUCAGGACAGGAACUGGAAAGUCAGGAAAAACCAACAGAACUGAUCUAAGCUGUAAGGUACUUUCCUCCUGAGGCAGCCCUCAUGUUUGUGGGAUGACUGACAAAACUAAGUGUAGUCUAGACACUUAGGGUUAUCAAAUGGACAAAGGCUCCAAGAUGUAAUGACAGCUUUGAGGAAAUGUCAUUGAAGGCACAGCACAUAGAACAAUUCUGUGUGCAUUAUAUUUUGUAUAAAAUGGAGAAGACAAUCAUAAAUAUAGGUUAGGAUUUCAGAAGGUGGACUACCUGUCAAAGGCUCUCACAUGACUCUGUUUCUGUACAGACAGCCUUCAAGCAGCAGCCUUGGAGUGUUAGUGGCUGAAGUUAUCGGUCAGAGUGGUCAUGUUUGAGCUGAACCCUGCUUUUCAGGGUUCUAGCAGUCACUGUACCAAGCCAGUUUUCUUCAAAUUAUGUAUGGAUUAAGUUAUGAGUAUGCACAAUGGGAAGAGGAUUAAAAGAUUAAAACUUGUUAUGAGUGGUCCAGAAAGGGCAUUGAAGAAAAGCAAAAAAAAAAAAAAAAGCAAUUCAGUAAAAGGUGUUGUUCUUGAUUCUUUGCACUCAUUCUUUCUAUAUUAAAUCAGCAAGUGUUAGAGCAGAUGAGUGGUGUAAACCAGUGAUCUAACUGGAGCCAAUAAACACAGGUGCUAAGCACAGCUGCAGAUUUGGGAACUAAAGGGAAGAUGCCCCACAGAUUAAGUACUAGUGGUCAGUAACAUACUGAAAUGAACUAUGAUGGCUGUGCCUCUGCAUAUGUUUACUUCUGUCUCAUAGGAGGGCAAUGCAAGAGGUCAUUUGAUAGCUGGCAUUGCUGUUUAAUCAGGUGUGGUGGCCUUGUUUUCCAGUUUAGAUUUAAAUUUAUGAAAUCCUUUAGAUUGAUGACAGCCUCUUUAUGCAAUGGAGAAAUCCUUUGAAGAGCUACUCAACAAAAAAAUGGUAAGCAAGCUCUGAAGAAGAAGAAAACAGAGUGCUUUAUUUUGGGCAAAGGCUGUACUAAGAGAUCUGUGCUGUCAGUAUGAUAGUGAUGAUGAGCUAAUCACUAAAAAAAGACGCCAUCAAGUGAUACUUUUAUAGUUUUAAAAACAAAGUUUUAAUUGUUAAAAGUUUCAACAUCAAAAUGCAUCAACUCUAUAGUAAAUGAAAAAGUCCUCUCUG